GGAAGAAACCCAAAGCUUCCCCCACCUUGACUCUUGAAGCUAAAGAGCACCUAUUUGCCAUCGGAGUGGACGCUCGUGAAGCCCAUUUCCAGUCCCCGCAAGAACCAAACAGUACCAUCCGCCUGGCCUCAAUGGUCCCCGAGACGAACCUACCCGACGACGACACUGCCGCCUCCCUCACACACGACCGCCACGCCCACCGCGCCCCCACAGCCGGCGUACACGGCCCAACCCGCCGGAACGGGAACGCAGGACCGAGAAGGACGCCGCCGCCGCCGCCGCAGCCAUCAUCAUGUCCUUCGAGAGCGUCAUGCCGCCGUACAACGCGUCGGACCCCAGCGCCCGGUUCCUGAGCUCCUCGUGCCUCGACUUCCUGCUCAUCGAGCUCGUGCCCAUGGCCUACCGCAUAACCAACGAGGUCGACGCCGCCGCACUCGACGCCGCCUCGGCACCGCCGCCUCCGGCGGCGGACGCGGGACCCGGGCAGAGCAACGGGGCGACCGCGGCGGCAGGAGGGGCCUCGGGCUCGCGCCGCAUGGACGAGGACGAGGAGCGGGAGGCUGUCUUUUACAGGUUGGAGGUAUUGGGGUACCGGGUUGGGCAGGGCCUGGUGGAGCGGUUCUCGCGAGAUAGGCCUCGCUUCAACGACACGCUCGACGCGAUCAAGUUCCUCUGCAAGGAUCUGUGGACGCUGGUUUUCCGGAAGCAGGUGGAUAAUCUCAAGACGAAUCACAGGGGCGUCUAUGUAUUGACGGAUACCGCGUUCCGACCGUUCUCAAGGAUGAGCACCGAGACUGGGGGCCAAGCAGUGCUCCGCGCUCAGCCGUUCUUAUGGUUCCCAUGCGGCAUCAUCCGAGGAGCACUGGCAGCGAUGGGAAUCAACGCCACGGUGCAGGCGGAAACGAGCGAGCUUCCCAGCGCGGUCUUCCAGAUCAGGACCAUACCAGUCAAAGCCUAGAUCCGAAGUCGGCCGAGCAAAAUGGCGAAUACCAAUCACCUGGGAAAUCCCGUCGCUUGAUGAAAUAGGGUCAGGAAGGAAAUGGUCGUCGCAUCUAGAAACGAGCAUCUAGACGGAGUCCAGGGAGGCACAUGGCGUUUGGGGGUUCACUAUUGCGUCGAGUUUAUGUAUACCCGGAAUUCCAUAUGUGUUCCAAAUGCGUCGUUGAUCUAUCAGUUGAGAUAUCCGUUUUCGUUCCGUUCAAAUCCCUACCCCCUUCCCCUCCCAAAAUCCCCUCAACCCGUCAUGUCCAGGUCGUCGUCAAACUGAGCUUCCUGGAUCGGACAUUUAUCUCACGGCCACGGCCACCCAUUCUCCCUCCCCAUGAAGAAUCGGGAUUCACCCUCACAGCCUAGGAAAGAAAAAAGACAAAUCAGCC